AAUGACUAUGAUACCCGUUGUUGGUAUUUACUAUUACUAUUUGACUAUGACUAUAAUUAUCACUUUAUUUAAUUUUCCUGAACUAUAUUAGGUACUGAAAUUUGUUUUAAAGUUAUCCUACUCAAAUAAUUAAAAGAAAAUUUUGCUUUCACUGAAGAAAUAUGGUUCUCACUAAGGAAUUCCGAAUCUGUAUGCCCAUGACUGUAGAGGAGUAUCGGAUAGGGCAGUUGUAUAUGAUUGCUCGUCACAGCUAUGAGCAAUCAAGUGGUGGUGAAGGUGUAGAAGUUAUAGCCAAUGAGGAAAUUAAUGAUGAAGUAAAUGGGAAUGGACAAUUUACUGAAAAGAGAAUACAUUUAUCGAGCCAUUUGCCGUACUGGCUUCAAAGUAUAAUUCCAAAAGUAUUCUAUAUCACAGAAAAAGCAUGGAAUUAUUAUCCAUAUACUAUAACUGGUAUGUUUGAAACUAUUUGUUGUUUAAUUUUUAAUCUUUACUUUGAAUUAAGGUUUUUUAAAGUGUAUUUUUUCUUUUUCAUGUUUGGUAACAUAGAAUACACUUGUUCCUUCCUCCCAAAGUUUUCAGUGUCUAUUCAAACAAGAUAUGAAGAUAAUAAUGGUACUUCUGAAAAUUGCUUAGGACUAACACAAGAGGAACUGGAGCAACGAGAAGUUGAUGUUAUAGACAUUGGUUAUGAUGAAAUAAAGCCACAUCAUUACAAGGAAAAUGAAGAUCCAAAGUUAUUUAAAUCAGUGAAAACCGAACGUGGCCCUCUUGUGGAAGGAUGGAGAGACUCACACAAACCAAUUAUGUGUUGCUACAAACUAGUUAACACUAAGUUUGAAGUUUGGGGUCUACAGACAAAAGUUGAAGAUUAUGUUCAAACAGCAAUACGUGAAAUUCUUCUACUUGGACAUAGGCAAGCAUUCACAUGGAUGGAUGAAUGGUACAAUAUGACUAUUGAAGAUGUUAGAAAUUAUGAGAAGGAUAUGCAAGAGAAAACUAACUUAAAGGUUAUAACGGCUCUAGAAAACUCACAAAAUAAUGAGGAGACUGAGACAUGCAAGUCACAAGCUGCGACUCCAAAAACACCAAAUAGCCCAAAGACCCCGUCAUCAGCAUCGGCGGAGUCAAAAUCUUGGUUUUCUUGGGGUUAAAAAUAUAGGUACUUACCGAAACAAUUUAGAAGUGUAUAGAUCUCAACAAUGCACCAUAUUUUCCUAUAGACAAGACACAAAUUGUACACAGACAAAAUAUAAUAUAUGGAUAUAUAAUGUAUAGGAUUAUAGCUAUAAGAUAUAUUUUUGCUUUUACAUGGCUUAGAUGUUAAUAUUGAUGUUUUUUAAUCUUUGACGUAUUAGGUUGUAAGAACUUUUUUGAGAUGAGAAUUCACACCAAGUAUAACAAAGUUGCUUAACUUUAUCGAAGUUAAAUAUUUAUCAGAUAACUGUCCUUUACAUAUUACUGACAUUAAUUUGUAUCUAACCAAUGAUACCACCUUGAAAUAACUGUCUUUGGAUAUUUUUUAAAACGAUCAAAUAUGUCAACUAGAUCAAAAAAUCUGUUAUAUUCUCUGGUAAAUCUAUUCAAGUGAGUGUGAUACUAAGAAUAGAAAUAUAUUUCUUGCAAGAUACUCUUCGGGACACGACUUAAUUUCGAAGUAGUUAAUUAAAUGUUGAAAUAUUGAAAACCAAAUUUAAUUGAAAUAUAGUGAACACAUGACAAAAGGCCAGCAUAUUAUUUUGUCUAUAUUUUUAUGUAUGACUCUCAAACUGCGAAACACCUUGGAUGAAUUUUCAGCAUGAUAGCCAAUCUGUUGUUUGUUCAUUUGGAGUCAUGCCUGAAAAACAUUGUGUUCCUUAUGGAUAAUCUGUAAACCCCAUUUACCACCGCUUGGCACUUGGUUUUUUUUAAUGAAUGUAGAAUAUUCAUUCAAAAACAGGUAAAUAUGGUAAUAUAUAAAUAGGUAAAGGUUAUGUUAUGUAGAAUUACUAAAUAAAACUAAAUAAUAUUUUAUAACAAAACAAUAAACACUUUAAUUACAAAAUUGUUUUGUAAUCAAAGUAUUUUUUUUUAAAUAAAUUUAAGUUUUCGUACCAAAAAAUUGAUGCACAACAAACAUACAAUAUGACAUAAGGUAGACCAGAUCAAUUUUUAUUUGAGAUUAUAAAUAUCAUUCAAGAAUAGUUUAAAAUGAAUAACUAACUAGAAUUUUUAUAUCUUUCCAACUUUCUCAGGAGGUAAAAAAGAAACUUAAUUUCUAACUAUAGUUUGUCGAUUACUUACAGUUGUUAACUAUCUAUCAGAUUAUUUUUAUGUAAAUUGAUAAAAUAUGGCGAUAUCUUCAUUUAAUAUAAAGUUUUAAGACGUUUUGUGUACGUGGACGAAGUCGCGGGUAUCAGCUAGUUAAUAAUAAAAAUCAAAUGUGGCCCAAUAAUUUCCGAUAGAAGCCUUUGGGUUGAGGUAUCAUUAUAACUGGUACAUGGAGCCCCAAAAAGCAAUGUUAGGUAAACUUGGCUCACUCUUUAAUGUAAUAAAAACUUUAAUUUUCUCAGCCAACUUUGACAAAGACUACAUAGAGUGAUGUACCAUAGAGUGAAAUUUCUCCUACAACAGAGAGUAUAUAACAAGCUGUUGGGCAGCCAAUUGCCACCACAUCUCUUGGGCUCGUAUCGCUCUGUGCCUAUGCUGUUUAUCUACCUGGAAAUCGCAGCAUCAACAUGCUCGGCUAGCGCUCGGCCUAUACUAGUAAAAUAGGUUUUGUCAAAGGCGCCUUCCAUGUUAAUAAAUCCAUUAAGGUUGAUAGUUGAUAAACCUUAACCUUUUUACACGACUAAUAAAAGCGUAGGUAUAAUAAAAGGGGGCUAUAAUCUUUGUCUAUCCUUCCUUGCAAAAAAGAAAGGUUCGUGUCUAAUUUCCUUGUUUACGGGUAUUAAAGUUGAAUUUGCAUUUAUGGUAACAAGCCCUUUACUUAACACAAAUUAACAUAAAAGUUUGAUUACAUGAACACGGCAGUAGUCCACUUGUAAGUAGGAAGGGAUAGGUCGUACGUACAACGGAGAGUUGAGAAAUCCGAAGGCCUAAUUGUUUGGCUUAAUUAUUAACAUGAUUAUAAACAAUAUGUUCUUCCUCGCUUAAUUAUAAGUGUUAUUAUCUGUGCUGAAUGUGAAUAUAAUAAAAUAGAUAUAAUAGUUA